ACCAGUUUCAGUUGCUGCUAUUUGAGCUGGCUGUUUUCAAAAUGAAUGUUUUGGUUUCGUGUUUGCUAUUAGCUUUUGUAUCUCCGGGCCAGGGCCAAGCACCAAAUGAGGGUGACUUGAUUGAAGAACCAUGUGUAGUUCCACUUACCUCUAUGUCGGGCCCGACAAGGUUUGUUCGCAACACAACAGAUAUCGUGAAGGCAGAGAGAGGAUUCCAAAGGGACUUUAGUGGAAGCAGGAGACAAAUUCGGCAAGGAGAGUUGGCUACUAGAACCAAAACGUCAACAUGGAUCACCUCCAACCAAAAAUGGGAGGAUCUCUGUCCUGAAAGGGUGGCGUUCAUCAGUCCGCCAAGGUGGCACGUUUAUCAAAAUAAGAUCUGCUAUGUACCGAACCCUUUCACAACAUUCCGGUAUCCCACAGUAGUGUGUACUAGGAAGACUUGUCUUUACGCCACUGGUUCCCGGCUAUACUGUCGCCCUGAUGUUCCCAGGAUCUACAAUAUCCCGACUUAUUGCUUUGUCCCCCAAAGCGGAAAGUUCGUGAAGAGAAGCUUCCGGAUUUACACAUAUCGAUACUGCACGUGCUGCCAUUACAAGUGCCCACAAUUCAUAAUGAAAGGGAAAUAAACGUAUAAACCAAUACGCCGAAUAAUAUGCACGAAAGACAAAGAUUCAAAUUAUAAAAUGUUCAGGGUAUCUAGAUAUA